UUUCAGGAAGGAAUUCCUUACAUCGGGAGCAGUGCUGGCACCAACGUGGCAACAGUCAGCAUCAGCACUACAAAUGACAUGCCCAUUGUCUACCCUCCCAGCUUCAGUGCUCUAGCUCUUGUGCCAUUCAACAUCAACCCUCACUACAUUGAUGCAGACCCCUCAAGCACUCACAUGGGGGAAACUCGAGAGGGAAGGAUCAACCAGUACCAUGAGAUUCCAGAUGCACCACCAGUGCUUGGCCUGCGAGAAGGAUCAUUACUGCAUGUGACUGGUCAGUCAGCUGUGCUGAAGGGUUUACACUCAGCUCGACUUUUUAGACCAUCUGCCACCUGCCAAUACUUUUUAUCUCAGCACAGCUCUUUGUGCCUUCUUCCAUCUAUUCAUCCAUUUGAAAAAUAUCUAAGGCCAGCAGGGUCCAGACAGCAUAUCUUGGUUAACUACUCAGAAGUAAACAAUGAACCAGGGGCUGUUGUUCCACCACCAGCUUUCUUUCCUGCUAACAGUUUGUGCAAGUGGCACAAAGAUGACUUAUUCAUUCCAGAUUCAUUACAGUUUCAUGAUACUAAUGGUAGAAAAUGCAGGCACAAAGCACACAGGUAUAUUUAACUUAGGAUAAUCCAGUGAAGUCAAACAAUGUGAAUAAUUUCCAUGUUUUGAGGAGUAUUACACUGAAACAAUUCUAAGUACAGUAUUCAUUGUACAUAGUCUUAGAAGAUAAAAAUAGAAUAAAAGCAGUUAUACAGUAUAGUGGAACCUUGGCUUAUGAAUGCCCCACCAUGCGAAUUUUUCAGUAUACGAACAGUCGCUCGGUUGAUUUUUUGCUUCUGGA